UAACGUGUGUAACUUGAACAUGAAAGCUCGUGCUCCUGAACGCCCCUGACCCAGGACCUUCCUGUGGGGCGCUUUCUUUUGCGCAAGCGCAAAACACCGAUGUGAGAACAGUAGAGCCAAGAUGGCGGCAGUGGUGGAGAAUGUUGUCAAGCUGCUGGGUGAGCAGUAUUACAGGGACGCUAUGGAGCAGUGUCACAACUAUAAUGCCCGUCUGUGUGCAGAGAGGAGCGUCAGGAUGCCCUUCCUCGACUCUCAGACAGGCGUCGCCCAGAGCAACUGCUACUUCUGGAUGGAGAAAAGGCACAGAGGACCAGGUGGGACCCACUCACUCGCAGUGGUCUGUUUACAGAACAGAAGUGUUGCCCCAGGUCAGUUGUACACAUAUCCAGCACGACGCUGGAGAAAGAAGAGGAGAGCUAACCCGCCAGAGGACCCUCGUUUAGCCUUCACAUCUCUAAAGUCCGAGCUGGAUCUGGGGCUUAAGAAAGAUGUUUUCUCCAGUGAUGGCAGCAGCUUAGAGGCACUUCUGAAGGGAGAGCCAAUGGACAAAAGAUCUGGGUUGGAGCUCCGCACAGCGGAAGAGGAUCCCAGCUCUACAGAGUACUCUUCCGGCGGUCUAAACCCUAGCAGCAGGGUCCGGAAGAAAAUUUUGGAGCCAGAUGAUUUUCUAGAUGAUCUGGACGAUGAAGAUUAUGAAGAAGAUACUCCAAAGAGACGGGGAAAAGGCAAGGGAAAGGGUCGUGGUGUCAGCAGUGCUCGGAAGAAGUUAGAAGCAGCAGCUGCUUUGGAGGAUCGAGACCGACCGUACGCUUGUGACAACACUUUCAAACAAAAGCAUAUUUCAAAAUCUUCCGAAAGAGUCUGUGGGAAGCGCUAUAAAAAUAGGCCUGGUCUCAGUUAUCAUUACGCCCAUUCUCACUUGGCUGAAGAGGAGGGGGAGGAGAAAGAUGAGAUGGACAUUCGUGAACCAACUCCACCCCAACAAGACGAACCCAAGACUCCUAAGAAGGGUCCAGAUGGUUUGGCUCUGCCAAACAAGUACUGUGAUUUUUGUUUGGGAGAUUCCAGCCUGAACCAGAAAACCGGCCAAUCAGAAGAGCUUGUGUCCUGCUCAGAUUGUGGCCGUUCUGGUCACCCCUCGUGCCUGCAGUUCACUCCAGUGAUGAUGGCUGCUGUGAAAACCUAUCGCUGGCAGUGCAUUGAAUGCAAGUGCUGUAAUAUGUGUGGAACCUCAGAAAAUGAUGACCAGCUGUUGUUCUGUGAUGACUGUGAUCGAGGAUACCACAUGUACUGCCUCUCACCCCCUAUGUCUGAACCUCCUGAAGGAAGUUGGAGUUGUCAUCUGUGUUUGGCCCUCCUGAAAGAGAAGGCCUCUAUAUACCAGAAUCAGAAUGCACCGCCCUCCUGAUGGCCUUUUGGAAAGACAGACCCUCUUUCUCAUAGUUUCCUCCGAGAUUCGUCUGUUCAGUUUAAGCAAACGAAACAGAUCAAACAAAAGUUGUAGUGAAACAGAAAAGGGACGGCCACCUUGCCCAGCCCGACAGACACAAAGAGAGGGAGUAAGAAAAGUGUGUCCUCCUUCUCUUAGUUCUCUUUCCCAUCUCAGCAGGUUUGAUCUCAGUAUGACUGUUACACAGUUCCAAGCUUCAAACUACCCCUGCUCUUUGUUUUCAACUAUUAGCCACCCCACAACUAACACAGCACUUCCAUAGCAAACGUUAAAGCCAGCCAGAAACUCUCUUGACCCUUACAGCAGUACAUACUUGGAGGAAGUCACUAUGAGAAUAUUAUGACUCUGUUUUUGAGUUCCUGCUCAUAUUAGACCUGAUAUUUCCACGUUUCUGCAGACACUGUUUAACAGAAAACAAAUAAUUAGCUGCAGCUUAUAUCAGCCACAAUAAAUAUUGCAUAUUCAGCCAUAUCCAAAAUAAUCUGUCUGUACUGACACUGUGCUUAUCACGGAGAGGAAUAGUUGAAAUCAAUCAGCAUGCCAAUGCUUGUUCAUAAUAAGCAAAAUAGAAAAGAAACAAUGUGUUUUUGUAUAUUUAUACAUUUGUAAUGCAUAUAAAGGUGUGCCGUAUUUAAGAUCUUAAACAAGAGAAAAGGUUUAUUAUGAUAGGAGUUGCUUUUUUUUUUUGUGGUAACAAUAGCAUCUGUAUAUGCCACUGAAGCACAGAGUCUAGCAGUCUUUACUAACUAAUGGGUUAAGGGUGCAGGUAAGGGUAGUGAUUUUAAAUUACAUUUUUAUAUUGUUAAUUUUUGCAUUUUUAGUCGUCCUUAAGAUGUUCAGAAAUUGGUUAAAAUUUAA